AAAUAGAAGAUCUUGAUUUUUUAUUUAACCUAUAUAAAUUUGACAUGUAUUUGUUUGGUAAAUCUAUUUUUUUAAGAAUUUAUCAGUAGCUUUAUCAGAAAUCAAAAUAUUACUUUCCCCAGGAUGGAAUACGACUACCUAAUAAAAUUUCUCGCGUUGGGAGAUUCAGGGGUUGGAAAAACUAGUUUUUUGUACCAAUAUACAGACGGAGUGUUCCAUUCCAGAUUCAUAUCAACAGUUGGAAUUGAUUUUAGAGAAAAGAGAAUGAUAUAUCAGUCGAAAGGCAGGAAUCAUAGAAUUCAUCUGCAACUUUGGGAUACAGCUGGACAAGAAAGAUUUCGCAGCCUCACAACGGCAUUUUAUAGGGAUGCCAUGGGAUUUUUGCUCCUAUUCGAUCUCACGAAUGAACAAUCAUUUCUCGAGAUACGAAACUGGAUAGAACAACUAAGGUUACAUGCCUAUUGCGAGGUACCAGAUGUAGUUCUGUGUGGAAAUAAAGCAGAUCUAGAAGAAAGAAGAGUUAUUACCGAAUGGAGAGCUAGGGAAUUUGCUGAAUCAUAUAAAUUGCCCUAUUUGGAAACAAGUGCAGCGACCGGACAGAACGUAAACAGAGCCGUGGAAACCUUAGUAGAACGAGUGAUGAUCAGAAUAGAAACAGCGGUAGAUAGAGCUAUGCUUCCAGGACGACGAGGACGACCAAAAGACCUAAACGAGUUAGAUGGAGGAUCACAAUCACAGAAUUGUUCUUGCUGACGUUAAGACAUUUCCAUAUAUAUUUGCGUCACGAUAAAGUAGAAGAGAUAUGUGGGCAAUCUAAACUUGCGGUAGUAUGUAAACGUUUCCUGUACAUUGUCGACUCGGAGCUUGUAGGGUACAAUUCUUAAGUUACUUAGUAAUACAUAAUUUAAGAAGAAUAGAAUAUGUAGAAUCCAUAAGUGCUCAUUAUAAUCAAAUUGAUUGUUAAUUAUACAAUAUUGAAGCCAACCAACCAAGCCCUAGUUAAAAUAUUUCAUAUAUUCCUAAUAGCUACUUCUUCAUGUAUGAGAUGUCCUUUCAGAGCGUUGGGUGCCAUCACAGCAAUCUUAAUUUUGUUCACUACCCCCCUGAAUAGUAUGCUUGUGUCAGUACCCUACCAAUCUUCAACCAUGAAGUCUUGGACUGCGUUUGCUUGCUAUUUUCCCUUCUAUAUUUUGUAGCAAUCUGUAUUUGGGACCUUUCAUAUCAUGUCCGGGGCACUCCAGAUAUCUCUUCUUGAUGCUUUCAUAAUCUCAGUAGUUUUGCUGAGACGUUCUAGUAUUGUAGAGUUUCGAAUCUUCUUCACCCAAAAAACUUAAAAUUCUAUAACACCACAUUUCGAAAGCCCCAAGGCAAUUUAGAUCACUUUUAUUCACAGUCCAAGACUCUACCUACACCAUAAACCGAGUAUCUGUUACAUAGUACCUUGGACAUCCUGCUAAAAGCGGCUUUGGACUGCUCAGUUCUGGAUCUAAUUUUACCGUGACUCUCUGCGUUACAAUUUAACUGAUAUUCAAGGUAAACAAUUUGAUCAACUUGCAAAGUUUGGUACUAUGUAGUAGCUACUGCAAAUUUUAAUAUGUAAUAGGAAAAACACGAGUUAUAAUUCCUGUUUAACAUUCAUGAGAUGCUUUUAUCAAAAGUUAUUAUAUCGAAGUAUUUCAUUCCUAUUAGUCCAUGUGGUGAGACCGCUUCCGUCUGGAAAAAUUUAAACCCCUUAGUCCCCUUUAAACAAAUCUGAAGGGUGCCGGGCGGAAUUUUUGGGCAGAAAUUGUUUAAACAGUUUUUUUAAACAAAUACAAAAGAUCACGUUUUUUGCUCCGGAACAUACAUUUUUAAGUUUUGUCGGUCAUUCUGAACAAGAAAGGUAUCUUGUAAAUUUUCUCAAAAAUUGAUAGUUUUCGAGUUACAGGCGAUUUAAAAUCUGAAAAAUGCGAAAAUACGCAUUUUCGAGGCUUAAAAACUCAUAUUCAUAUUAGUAUUUUUGAGGUUGCCAGAUACUUAAAUUGAAGACUAAAUAUUCAGCUUCCAGAUUCUGAAGAGUGAUCGCGUCUAACUUUAAUUUAUACCGUUGUUUUUUAAUUGUUAAAUAUGCGUGUUUAUCCGAUUUUUUUGCCGGUGCGGCGCGCUCCGUUUCAAAAAUCUCCUCCUUUCCUCUAAAAAAUAUUUUUUCUAGA